AUGGUCCAGCUCCGCGUCCUGACUUUGAUGAACUUCCCCUGCUGCGUCCUGGAGGUGCUGCUGUGCGCGCUGGCGGCGGCGGCGCGCGGCCAGGAGAUGUACGCCCCGCACUCCAUCCGGAUCGAGGGGGACGUCACCCUCGGGGGGCUGUUCCCCGUGCACGCCAAGGGUCCCAGCGGAGUGCCCUGCGGGGACAUCAAGAGGGAGAACGGGAUCCACAGGCUGGAAGCGAUGCUGUACGCCCUGGAUCAGAUCAACAGCGAUCCCAACCUGCUGCCCAACGUGACGCUGGGCGCGCGGAUCCUGGACACUUGUUCCAGGGACACUUAUGCGCUCGAACAGUCGCUCACUUUCGUCCAGGCGCUCAUCCAGAAGGACACCUCCGAUGUGCGCUGCACCAACGGCGAACCCCCGGUUUUCGUCAAGCCGGAGAAAGUAGUUGGAGUGAUCGGGGCUUCGGGGAGUUCCGUCUCCAUCAUGGUAGCCAACAUCUUGAGGCUUUUCCAGAUUCCCCAGAUUAGUUACGCGUCCACGGCCCCCGAGCUCAGUGACGACCGGCGCUACGAUUUCUUCUCCCGUGUGGUCCCACCGGAUUCCUUCCAAGCCCAGGCCAUGGUAGACAUCGUCAAGGCUCUGGGCUGGAACUAUGUGUCCACGCUCGCGUCUGAGGGAAGCUAUGGAGAGAAAGGUGUGGAAUCCUUCACGCAGAUUUCCAAAGAGGCAGGUGGGCUCUGCAUUGCCCAGUCGGUGAAAAUCCCCCAAGAGCGCAAAGACAGGACCAUUGACUUUGAUAGAAUUAUCAAACAGCUCCUGGACACCCCCAACUCCAGGGCCGUCGUCAUUUUUGCCAACGAUGAGGAUAUAAAGCAGAUCCUCGCAGCAGCCAAAAGAGCCGAUCAAGUGGGCCACUUCCUUUGGGUGGGAUCAGACAGCUGGGGAUCCAAAAUAAACCCGCUGCACCAGCAUGAGGACAUCGCCGAGGGCGCCAUCACCAUCCAGCCCAAGCGAGCAACGGUGGAAGGGUUUGAUGCGUACUUUACAUCCCGUACCCUGGAGAACAAUAGAAGAAACGUGUGGUUUGCAGAAUACUGGGAAGAAAACUUCAACUGUAAAUUGACGAUUAGUGGAUCCAAAAAAGAAGACACAGAUCGCAAAUGCACAGGGCAGGAGAGAAUUGGCAAAGAUUCCAACUAUGAGCAGGAGGGGAAAGUUCAGUUCGUGAUCGACGCCGUGUACGCCAUGGCCCACGCCCUUCACCACAUGAACAAGGACCUCUGUGCUGAUUAUCGGGGCUUGUGCCCGGAGAUGGAGCACGCCGGGGGUAAGAAGCUGUUGAAGUAUAUCCGCAACGUGAACUUCAAUGGAAGUGCUGGCACCCCGGUGAUGUUCAACAAGAAUGGAGACGCGCCUGGGCGCUAUGACAUCUUUCAGUACCAGACAACCAACACCACCAACCCUGGUUAUCGUCUGAUCGGGCAGUGGACGGACGAGUUACAGCUGAACAUAGAAGACCUGCAGUGGGGGAGAGGUGUCCGGGAGAUCCCCUCCUCCGUGUGCACACUGCCCUGCAAACCUGGCCAGAGGAAGAAGACCCAGAAAGGCACCCCAUGCUGCUGGACGUGUGAGCCCUGUGACGGAUACCAGUACCAGUUUGAUGAGAUGACCUGCCAGCACUGUCCCUACGACCAGAGGCCCAACGAGAACCGGACAGGCUGUCAGAACAUCCCCAUCAUCAAGCUGGAGUGGCACUCUCCCUGGGCGGUCAUCCCCGUCUUCCUGGCCAUGUUGGGCAUCAUCGCCACCAUCUUCGUCAUGGCCACCUUCAUCCGUUACAACGACACACCCAUCGUCCGGGCAUCCGGGCGCGAGCUCAGCUACGUGCUGCUGACCGGCAUCUUCCUGUGCUACAUCAUCACCUUCCUGAUGAUCGCCAAGCCCGACGUGGCCGUCUGCUCCUUCCGACGAGUCUUCCUGGGCUUGGGGAUGUGCAUCAGCUAUGCGGCCCUGUUGACCAAAACCAAUCGGAUUUAUCGCAUCUUUGAGCAAGGUAAGAAAUCGGUGACCGCCCCCCGGCUCAUCAGCCCCACGUCCCAGCUGGCCAUCACGUCCAGCUUGAUAUCCGUGCAGCUCCUUGGGGUUUUCAUUUGGUUUGGCGUCGACCCGCCCAACAUCAUCGUAGACUAUGAUGAGCACAAGACCAUGAACCCGGAGCAGGCCAGGGGCGUGCUCAAAUGCGACAUCAGCGAUCUGCAAAUCAUUUGCUCCUUGGGGUACAGUAUCCUCCUCAUGGUGACCUGUACAGUGUAUGCCAUCAAGACUCGGGGCGUCCCGGAGAACUUCAACGAGGCCAAGCCCAUCGGCUUCACCAUGUACACCACGUGUAUAGUGUGGCUGGCCUUCAUUCCGAUUUUUUUCGGGACAGCGCAGUCAGCAGAAAAGCUCUACAUACAAACUACCACGCUUACAAUCUCCAUGAACCUAAGUGCGUCAGUGGCGCUGGGAAUGCUGUACAUGCCGAAAGUGUACAUCAUCAUUUUCCAUCCUGAACUCAAUGUCCAGAAGCGGAAGCGAAGUUUCAAGGCGGUAGUCACAGCAGCCACCAUGUCAUCUCGACUGUCACACAAACCCAGUGACAGACCCAACGGCGAGGCAAAGACAGAGCUUUGUGAAAACGUAGACCCAAACAACUGUAUACCACCAGUAAGAAAGAGUGUACAAAAGUCUGUUACUUGGUAUACUCUCCCACCAACAGUAUAGCUUUUGACUGCU